GACCAGGAAGUACCAUACAAUAAUAUCUAUUUUGCUGCGUCGUAGAGGAUGGACCUCAAAGCACAGAUGGAAAACUUGGAUGCCAAGUCUAUCAAGUGCCCCAAACUGGUGGAAUUUGAGGGAAUCCCAAUGCUCAGAGAAAUGAUAGAGAAUUGGAACCUAAUAAGUGGCUUUCAAGCUCGGCCUGAUGAUCUUCUCCUCUGCACUUAUCCCAAAGCAGGGACCACUUGGAUACAGGAAAUUGUGGACAUGGUCCAGCAAAGAGGAGAUGCACAGAAAUGUGCCCGGGCACCCAUUUACCAGCGGAGCCCUUACAUAGAAAUUUUCCCUCCAAAGCCCAUCCCUUCAGGCUUGGAAUUGGCAGAGGCAAUGCCUUCCCCACGCACCCUCAAAUCUCAUCUCCCAAUUCAUCUCUUGCCAACGUCCUUCUUGGAACAAAAUUGCAAGAUCAUUUAUGUGGCCAGAAAUGCCAAGGACAGUGCUGUCUCCUACUUCUAUUUCCACUUCAUGAAGAAAAUAAUUCCAGAUCCAGGAAAGUGGGAAGACUUUCUGGAGAAUUUCAUUGGUGGCAAAGUUUGUUAUGGCUCAUGGUUUGACCAUGUUCGUGGCUGGUGGGAGGCUAAAGAUCAUCACCCAAUUUUAUACCUCUUUUAUGAAGAUAUAAAAGAGAACCCAGCUCGGGAAAUCCAGAAAGUAGCUCAGUUCCUAAGUAUGGAGCUUUCAGAAUCAGUCCUGGAUCAGAUUGUGCAAUGUACCACAUUUGAUAGCAUGAAAGACAACCCAAUGGCUAAUUACAGCACCAUGCCUUCAUUUAUCCUGGACCAAACUCUGUCGCCCUUUAUGAGAAAAGGCACCGUUGGUGACUGGAAAGAACAUUUCACUGUGGCUCAAAGUGAACGGCUAGAUGAUCUCUGUGCCCACUUAUUAGCAGGCAGUGGCCUUAUGUUCCACACCGUUAUAAAUCUGUGCCUCUCACCACCUGACAUGUUUGCUUUUACCUGUGUUUAAUAAAAUAGCAAGCGCAAACCAAA